CCGGCAGCUUCCUGCUUGCCGUAGUUGUAGCACCGGCUACGUUGGCAACAUGGCGACUUCGGAUGUCCACGUCCGAGUGUGUGAGCAAGAAAUACUCAAAUAUGACUUGGAAAUCAAGGCUCUUAUCCAGGAUAUUACGGAGUUCGACGGCCCUCAGAGCAAGCUGACAGAAAUAAACACAGACGUGAAAAAGCACUUUCACAACCUCAGAUUAAGGAUCCAGGACUUUGAGCGGAUGGCUAUGGAACAAGACAGAGAGUCGGACAAGCAGUCUUUGCUCAGUGAAGUAGAGGGACACAGAAAGCAGAUGCUGAGCAACCAGACGGCCUGGAGGAAAGCCAACCUCGCCAGCAAACUGUCCAUGGACAAAAUGGAAAAGCAGGCGCUGCUGAAUGGAGCCGAUGGCGCUGUGAGGAAGAGGAAGAUGACCAAAGAGGGCCUCGCCCAAAGUGCCAGCGACAUCACAGAGAAUCUCAUGAGCAUCAGCCGGAUGAUGGCCCAGCAGGUUCAGCAGAGCGAAGACUCCAUAACAACACUAGCAACCUCGUCGAGAACGGUUCAAGAGACGAACGAGGAGUUUAAAGCCAUGACCGGGACCAUUCAGCUGGGCAGGAAGCUCAUCACCAAGUACAACCGCAGGGAGCUCACCGACAAGCUGCUCAUCUUCUUGGCGCUGGCUCUGUUCUUUGCUACGGUUCUCUACAUCCUCAAAAAGAGGCUGUUCCCUUUCUUAUAGACCAGGAGCUUCGCAUUAUCCCGCGUGAAUCCAGAUGAUUUUCCCUCCACAUUCGCAACGAAUUCCAAGCUGCUCUGAAAAAAUUCUGUCCACAAAUAGGAGGAUAAUCCUGCAUGUCUGCAGUUCUUCUUAGUGUUUAAUUUAUUGAGCUUUGCAUUUGUCACACUAAAGAAAACAGCACUUUGACUGUAAAGCUGUGGUUUAAUGACCAGUUGGAUCGCAAGGUCUUUAUGCUUCAUUAUUUCAAGUGUCUGUUUUUGUUCUUAAAUUACCUUAAAGGUGGAAAGACCGUGCAAGCAAGAUGCAUGUAUUUUUUUUUCCUCUCCAUCAGAUAAUUAGUUUUUAGUCUGAUAAAAGUUCUGAAACUACAGUAGUUUGUAAUAUAGUUGAUUAAUUUUAGAUGGUAACCUGAAAUUACAUGCAUGUGCAUUUUGGAAGCAAAUCCAGAGCAGCUGUUUGCCAGUUUUUAUUAUUCAGUAUGAGAUAAGCAACUUGCAAAAACACUUACACCUUUUUGUAUCAACGCUGUUCGUCACCAAGUUCUGUAUGAUUACUAUUAUGUAUAAUUUAUAACUGCUAUAAAAUGUCCUGAUUUUCUCAAUUGCCGUGUUGAAUAUUGUCACCUUCAUAAAAUGAAGGCUUAAGUCAUUUUUUUUCCCAAAAAUGAUUUUUGAAAGAAACAAAACAAAACACCUCUUUAUUGCCAGAAGAUGAUUAAGGCAAAUAAAAAAAUAAAUAACUUUUGGCGAAAAAAGACACACCGUUAUUUUAUGAAGAUCACAAAAUGUCUUACUUCACAUCCUGUUCCCUGUUUUUUUUCUUUUUAUUAUUAUUAUUAUUUUGAAGGACUGCACUUAUUUCAGGUUUCAUUCCAGCUUCAAGCCUAGCAGUGUUUUAUGCGCAGGACUGAAGCGCCGUAAAGCAGCAGCAGCAGCAGCGCCGUUCACACCGGUAGAGAUAGAGCCACAUUCAUCCGCUGCCUUUCUUCAGAUAAGACCCGGAAAAGCAGAUUAUUCCGACAGACCCCCCCCCCCACCGCCCUCUUAUUCCAGUGUGGGUGGUGGAUGAGUGAGGGUUGAUAUUUUUAGGUUUGCGCGCCUGCCGUUAUCUGACGUUGCCUUUUCAACACCACAGAGGAGAGGAUGGUCAGAGAAGCUACAUGACCUUGCUAGCCUCUGUGCAAACUGCUUUCCAUUGCCUUUUGGUUUAUCAUGCAAAUUAUUUUUAUAAAAUGUUUUUUUGUUUGUUUUGUUUUUUGCUGGCUUUGAAUAAACAUUAACUCUUACAUA